CCCGAGGCGGGCAGCGGCGGCGGGACAGAGCCCCUUGGAAGCAUGGCCGAGACGCAGGAACUGCUCCUGCAGCUGCAGAAGGACAACCGCGACGGGCGAGUGAGGAAGCUGGAGCUGGAGAAGAUGGUGCGCGGGCUCGAGGCCGAGAGCGAGAGCCUCACCGGGCGACUGCAGGACCUGCGCGAGCGCGAGCGCAGCCUGCAGCGGAAGCGAAACCAGGUGGCGCGGAGCCCGCGCAGGGAGGCGCGCGAGGCGGCGCGGGAGCGCGCGGAGCGAGCGCGCGGGCUGCUGGAAGCGGCUGAGCAGCACCGGCAGGACUUGGAGCAACACAACCGGCAGCUGCAGGAGCAGUGGGAAGAGCUGUCGAGUCAGCUCUUCUACUACGGAGGGGAACAACUGAGUCGACAGCGCUCAGAGCAGCAACUCGGGACGCAACUGAUGGCGUUGCAGAAACAACUGGAGCUGGUGGAGGCCAAGCACGCCGAGCAGGCGGAGCGCCUGCGGCAGGGAGCGCAGCGGACGGAGGAGGCCUGGGCCAGCUUUCAGGAGCAGAGCGGAGUCCUGCAGGAGCUGCAGGGAAAGGUGAUGGAGGCGGCUGCUGCGCUGGACGCCUCGCGGGGCGGCCCGGAACUCAGGUGCGACUCCCAGCCUCGUGGUGUGCAGGACUGCGCGGGCUCGCUCAUGGAGGAGGUGGCCAAGGCCGACUGCGAGAGGCGGCUUUUCAGUGGCACCGGCAGGGCGGGCAUCAGGCUGUGGGCUCUGGGCGCGCUGCAGACGCUGCUGUUGCUCCCGCUCGGCUUCCUGGCGCUGCCGCUGCUCUACCUGAUGCUAAUGAACCCCUCCGCGCUCCCGCGGGGACUCCUGCGCUUGGGCUCGGACACCGCCUUCCGCCGCCUGCGCUACACGCUGUCCCCGCUGCUCCAGCUGCGCGCGCGCGGCCUGCUGCCCGCCUAGCGCGCAUCACGCCGGCCUCGGCCUCCUGCAUCUCUGUCUCCUGUGUGGUUUCUGGGCGCCUGGGUGGAGGCCAAGGGGAAACUUGGGGGUGGGUCGUGUGUCCCUUAGCUCAGCGGUCCUGGCAUCUCGAGCU